GAUGAGGAGAAGAAAGAGGAAGAGAAAAAAGAAGAGGCCAAACCAGCUCCUGCUCCAGCUCCAGAGCCAUCGAAGCCUGAGGAGGCCCCUGCCGCUGAAGGAGAGGUGGCCGAGGCGGACCCAGAGAAGCCGCGGCCAAUCGUGAUAAACCAAUAUGCAGACGAGUGUCUUAGGGAUGUUGUUCGCCGCGUAAGAGAACGUACAAUCAUAUACAAGGAAAAGGUCAUUGACCCCUAUGCCUCUUCGCCAGAGCACAGUCCACCUGUCACACCUGUAUACCGGGUCUGCGACUGGCUGAAAAAGCAGGAAGCAGACAGGAUUGCGAAAGAGGAGGCAGAGAAGAAGAAGAAGGAGGAUGCAGAGAAGAAAGCAGCAGAGAAAAAAGAGAAGGAAGAGAAGGAGAGAGAGAAAAAGGCCCUAGAGAAGAAGGAGCAGGAGGAGAAGGAGGCGCUAGAGCCAAAAAAGAGGCCUUCCAUAUCAAAGAUCUGCGCCGACUUCUGCGAUAAACUAUUCGCGCCCAUUGAGGACAAAAUGGACACAUAUUUGGGAAAUACAAUCGACCCGUUUACAGAUCGGCGCUAUCUGAAAUGGCUCACUGUGGUGACGCUCGUCUAUAAUUACAACAUCUGGUUGGCUCCGGCACGCUUGUGUUUUCCAUACCACACUCCGUGGUCAAUACCCUUCUGGAUCGUAUUUGAUAUCUUGUCUGACCUCAUUAACGUUGCCGAUAUUGUAAUUUUUCAGCAACGGCUUCAGUUCGUCAAAGGUGGCGAUAUUAUUAAAGACCGGGCGCAGACUAAAGUCAACUACAGAGCAUCUCCACGCUUUAGGUCGGACAUGCUGAGUAUCAUUCCAUUCGACGUGCUCAGUCUCCAGUUUGGAUUUACAUCUCUGUUCCGAUUCAAUCGCUUUUUGAGGAUAGAUUCUUUUAAUGAGUUCAGCGAUCGACUAGAGAGUGUAAUGACGAAAGCUUACAUAUGGAGAGUGGCUCGUACUAUUUGCUACCUGUUGUUCUUACUUCAUCUCAACGGCUGCAUCUAUUACGUGGCCUCAGACUACCUGGGGUUGGGAUCGUCCAAGUGGACCUAUGAUGGCAAAGGCAGCGCGUAUUUGCGGUGCUAUUACUUCGCCACUCGGACGCUGAUCAACAUCGGUGGUUUGCCGGAGCCACAUUCAGUAUUUGAAAUCACUUUCCAAAUGGUGAACUUCUUUGUGGGCGUGUUUGUCUUCUCCAGUUUGAUUGGACAGAUGCGAGAUGUCAUUGGUGCUGCCACCGCUGGUCAGACCUACUUCCGCGCAUCCAUGGAUGGCUGUGUGGCCUAUAUGAACACCAACCACAUUCCCAAAGUCGUGCAGCAGAGAGUGCGCACCUGGUACAACUACACCUGGGACGCACAGGGCAUGCUGGAUGAAGGGGAGUUGUUGGAUCGGAUGCCUUUGGUCAUGAAAACAGCCAUUGCUGUGGAUAUCAACCUGGCCACCUUCCAGAAGAUAGACCUCUUUAAGGGAUGUGAUAACCAGAUGCUUAUUGACAUGUUACUGCGGCUCAAGUCCAUUAUCUACCUACCGGGAGACUUUGUGGUGAAGAAGGGAGACAUCGGUAAGGAGAUGUACAUCAUUAAAGCAGGGGCAGUGCAGGUGGUAGGAGGUCCAGACAACUCUAUUGUCUUCGUAACACUGAAAGCCGGCUGUGUGUUUGGGGAGAUCAGUCUGCUGCAGUCAUCAGCAAAUGGAGGCAACCGCAGAACUGCAAACGUAAAAGCCCAUGGCUUCGCCAACCUCUUCGUUCUGGAAAAGAAAGAUCUCUUUGACAUCUUGGUUCACUAUCCAGAGUCCCAGAAAGUGCUGGCAAGAAAGGGCAGGAAACUGAUGAAAGCCAAGGGCCCAGCUGCGGCCAAAGCAGAGGAGGACAAGAAGAAGGCCGUGACCCUGUUCGGACCCAGGCCGCCCACCCCAAAGUUCCUCCGGGCUUUUGGCACAGGAAAAGGGGGUUUUCUGGAGAAACUCAGGGCAGCCGCCGCAACCGAACAGCAGAAGUGACCAAGCGGAAAGAGUGUGUGUGUGUCUGCAUAUGGGUGGAAGAGUGUGUGUCUGUGUAUGGGUGGAAGUGUGUGUGUGUGUGUGUCUGUGUAUGGGUGGAAGAGUGUGUAUACCUGUUUAU